CCUCUCCCCAACCAUGUCCCUGCAGGAGGCCUCAGAUGCUCGAAAAGCGCGUUUGAUCGCCCUAAGAAACCGCAAGGAGGGUAUAUCAAUUGUAUCAAAUGGAGAUUCUGUGCUUCUCAGCAGGAAUUAUGACCCUGAAACAAGGACGUUGAAGAAACACUCAAAAAACGAAGUUCUGACCACAGAUACCAUCGAAAAAGAUGUUGAAGGUGUAGCUGAAAGAAUCAUUGCUGAGGAUGAACGACAGCGUGCCCAAGAACUUGACGUAUUCAACAUCGCCCCGAAACGGCCAAACUGGGACUUGAAGCGCGAAAUGGACAAGAAACUUGCGAAGCUAGAGCGGAAGACUCAAGAAGCAGUCCAUACUCUUAUCCGGCAGAGACUUGCUUCUCAAAAGGGGCAGUCGGACGACAUUCUAGGAGCAAUGAAUGCGCAAGAGAAAGCGUUGGAUGUCGAAGACCAGCCGUCAGACGAGGAUGAAUGAAACAGGUUCUUUCUCUAGCCUGUCCACCGUACCACCUCAUGGUCAUGGAUCUCAGUUCUUCCUCUUGUACAUGAGCUGAAUAUUACCCUAGUACUGUGGCCUCCAUAUGCUCGCAGUUUCGUGCGACAACUAGCACGACCACGUCCAGGCGUGGCUACCUUGCUUUUAUUGAUCACUCCCUUUUAAUGACCAAGAGUUCCGCCAUUUCAUUGAAAGAACUCGAAAUAACGGGCAUGCUCCUUGUACUCUAUACACUCCCUCUGCGAAUUCAAUUGUGGCCGCUGUCCUCAUCAAA